AUGGAUUUAAUUAAUUAUAACCAUCCUACAGUUCUCCAUGCAAUUGGUAUGAUUGCUCUGAAUCCAGUAGUAUGGAACGCAAUCGCACAGGUUGAGUACAGAUCCAAUCUUAUUUCAAUGCUGUUUUGCAAGCGCAAAAAAAUAGCAAUCAUUGCAUCAGCAAUUUUAAUCUUAGUAUUGAACAUUACUCGAGGAUACUGCUUCCAAGAAGCCAUGAACAGCCAGCCCAAAUUUGAGACUGCAAAUAUAUUCAUAGAUUUUAUUGCUUGGCUUAGUAUACUGCUAGGACAAUUCUUUGUCCUCACAUCAUAUUACAAACUUGGAUUUUAUGCCACAUUCCUUGGUGACUACUUUGGAAUUUUUAUACAUAACGAGCCAAUUGUGACUUUUCCUUUCUCGAUUUGUGCGGACCCGAUGUAUUGGGGCUCCUCCUUGACUUUCUUUGGAUAUGCUCUAUGGCAGAGAAGUCCGAUUGGAAUCAUGCUAACUGCUUGGGUUGCUGUGGUCUAUUUUAUGGCAAUAUUGGUCGAAACAAGAAUGCUUUAUGAAAUUUAUUCAAAGAAAGCCCAGUAA